AUGGAGUGUUUGGACUUUACAGAGUAUGACCUGGAGAUGUUGGAAACCGCACUAAGCGAUGACGAUAUUGGGCACAGUCGGAUAGAGGAGGAGCGCCAGAAGCGACGCGCCGCAUCUAAACGUAUUCGUCCAAUAUGGGAGGCUGCAGAGAGUGGGAACCUGGAGGUUUUGCAUGCGCUGAGUACAGGUAGCCCACGUGUGAAUGCCAAAGACAUAGACGGCUUCACACCUGCGGCGCAUGCUGUGCAUGCUGAAAAGCUCGAUGCGUUUGAACUGUUGGUCAGCAAGCGUGCAAAUUUGCUGGCAGGGGAUGCGUUCGGUGGAUGUCCUCUCCGGACAAUUAUGAGUUCUCCUUAUCCAGGGCAAACCCUGGACUCCUCUUUCCUGCUUAAGUGGUUGGAUGUUGUUCCUCCGAAAUACUUCAAUUGCGAGGUGACAAACGGCCUUGCUGCAAUCCAUUACUGUGCAGAGGCGGGCUGUGUAGAGGCCCUUGCCAUGACAGUGAGAAAGGGCUCGUGCGCUGAUUUGCGAUGUCGCUACAACGCAAAGACACCGGCUCAUUAUGCGGCAGCCUCCGGCCACGUAGCUGCCUUGAGGUACUUGGUUGAUGCUUGGGCAGACCUCUCUAUAGAGGACCGCGCUGGGAAGACAGCCUUGCAGCAGGCGAAGGAGAGAACCCACCAUGAUGCUGCCCGCUUCCUUGAGGGGGCGGUGGCGGAGAGGCGUUUCCGAGUACUGAAGCCUUUCAUUCUGUAUCAUCGACCAUGCCCUUCGCACGCAACUGGCGCCCGACGUGCGAAUUUGGUUCCUGGAUUGGGUGGUCAUAUCCGGGAGGGCAUUGAGGUCUGGAGUCAGCUGAGCUGUAGCAUGGGCUCAUGCGUGCUGGAGUUCUUGCUCGGGGGUCAGAUCUCCAUUCAGAAGACCUGGUUGCAGGAUCACUUCGCCGAGGUGGCUUCUUUGACUCAGGAAGUCCAUUCUCUGCGAGCUCGCGUGCAGGAGCUGGAACAGGAAGCCGCUCAGUCGAGGCUUCGCAGCAAACAGUCUCGGGCUUGGAGUUGUUGCUCUUGGUGUAAAUAG